AUGUCCUCCCGCAAGCUUGCCGGUGAUGAUAACCCAAUCCACAGGGCCGCUGACAAGGUUGGCGAGAAGAUGCCUUCCGAUGCAAAGAACCCUUCGAUCCUUUCAUCAGGCGGUGCAAUCGGAAAGCAGUUCAAUCCCGAUGGGGCCAUUGGUCAGAUUGGCGAGAAGAUUGGAGGUCCCUUCUCCUCCAAGGGAGCCAUCGGAAGCCAAUUUGAUGCUGCACAGGGCGGAAUUGCUGGAACCGUUGAAAGAGCAGUUGACGGCCCAAGUCAGCAGGGGCAGGGCACACCUGGGAAGAACAAUGGAAAAAAGUAA